AUGGACGGAUCGAAAGCAUCGGUUGGGGUACCGGAAGACACCAAAAGCGAGAAUCUCCUCAACAAGACGAGGCCGAGAAACAUAUCGCAACUUGAUGAUUUGGUGAAAGAAAUUUUAUUUAUGCAUACCGAUUGGAGAUCAAUGCUGGCCAUGCGGAACACCUGUGACAGCUUCCGCCGCUUCAUUGACGGAAAACAUCCAAUCUUUGAUUUGUCCGAAGUGGAAAUUGAUCUACGUGAUACGCAUGUUCAAAUUGUGUGCAAAACUCAUUCCAAAGAAAUCAACCAAGUGCAUUUUAUGAAGCAUGAAAAUGGAUGUCUAGUAGAUGAACGAGAGAGGAUCAGUCUCCUGGAAAACGCCAAUUUUCUCGACACAUUUUUUCAAGGAUUCAAAUUCAUUUUGAUGCAGAAUUUUGCUUUACAAAAGCUAAAAAUUGGUUAUAGAAGCUACUCUCCGGAUCAUGAGGUGGCGAAGUUUUUGAAUGAACUUGAAACAAUUCUGAAAGCAAGAAAGACAAAACUAAAAGUGAAUUGUCUGAGCUUGAAGACAAAGAAAAAAGAAUAUCAUCGAAUUAUGUCUCUGGUUGCUCCUGCAAGCCUGAAGAGAAUUGAAUUGAACUUCUUGGAUGUCGAAAACGUGGAACUGAGAAUUUUGGAGCAGUGGAAGAGUGCUGAGGAGCUCAUCUCAAACGGUUUCUUCACUCGGUUUCAGACGCCGAUUGAUAAUUUCCUUCAUUUCUCGAGACUCGAAGCGCAUUUUUCGGAAAUUUGUUUGCACGAUUUACGGGAAAUGAAAGAUGCAUACCUAAACGCUCCGAAUUUCCAAAAGGCAUUUAUUCGAUACGAAAAUUCGAGAAGACUUACGGACAUGGAUGUCCUGGCUGGUAAUGUGCGGCCAACUAGGGAUAGUCAACAUUGGUUCCGAACACCAUACUCUCCAAAUCGGUGUCUCUUUGUUUUCGUCAGUGAAAGAGUUGCCAGAUUCGUGAAUGCUCCAAUAAGCUCGGCUCCAGAAGGCGCGUUCGAUACAAAUCAAGAGUUCCCCGAACCUCCACUUCCACACUGGCGGCCUUUCUGA